AUGUCGACUAGCGAAGAUUAUUAUGACGUUAUAGUUGCAGAUAGUGGAAAGAUUUUUAAUACUAAGAUAUUUGUUGAAAGUACUUUUUCGUAUAAUUCAGAAGAAUUUUCUGAUCAGAUUAGAAUUCCUGAUGUUACCAAUACCCUAUUAAUAUAUAUCACGAGAAAAGGUGGAGGAAAAAUGUUCGAUAAAAAUGUUCUUUCGAAUGUAAGAUUAAUCGAUGAAAUAGUACAAAACGUAACACUUAACAAGGAUGAUAAGCAAAUACAUCAUUAUGAUAUUUGUGCAUUAAGUAACAAUAAAUGCUUCCAAAAUCCGAUUAUUGAAGUCAUGUCAGAAGUGGGUGUGAAUUCUUUACUUCAGAAAAGAAAGAAGUUGAAAUAUCCCAUUGAUAUAGAUCCAUUGUCUUUUACCUAUAAAAUUUACUUUGUAAAUUUGGGUGGAGUAAUUUUGGAUAAUGAUAAUUUCAUAGAAAAUUUUAAUGCCGUGAUGUUAUAUUAUUCGACAGAUGAAAAAAAUAGAGAAAAGAAGGAAUUGUUUGAUGAAUGGAUGUUGGUGGUUUACAAUAUUAUCCAGAAAUAUAAUUUUCCACAUGUCAACGUCUUUCCAAAUUCGCAGUUAUUUAUGCAGAAAGAAUUUAUGAAUAAGUUAAAUGCAACAAAACCUAAAAUAGUAGGUUUAGUAGCGUUUAUGAUUGUAUUAUCGAUACUUUUCUGUAUGAGCAACAGUUGGGUGCAAAGUAAACCCUUUCUUGGUGCAGCCAGUGUCAUGUCGGCUGGAUUAGCAGUUGUCUCUUCUUUCGGAUUAAUGUCAGCUUUCGGUAUAAAAAAUAUCUCGUGGAAUGCCACUAUUCCAUAUCUAGUGCUUGUGACAGAGAUAGAUGAUGCAUUCGUACUGAUAGGUUGCUGGAGAGUCACCAAUCCCAAACAUACGGUUGACAAGCGCAUGGAAGUAACAUAUUGUGAAGCGGGGAUUUCCAUCACGUUAACUUCACUCACCAACUUCAUUUCUUAUUGCAUCGGAAUGAUGAGUCCAUUUCCUUUUGUCAGAGUAUUCUGUUAUUAUACAGCGACUUGCAUUGUAUUUACGUUUUUGUAUGAGAUAACGUUUUUUGGAGGAUGUUUAGCGAUAAGUGGAUACAGAGAAGAUCGUGAUAUUCGUUCUGUGGUAUGUUUUACAGGAGGAGAAUCCGAAGAAGACAGAGAGGCAAAUGACGUGGUAGAAGAAACGUCGAUGGCAUUUGUUAGAGAUGUAUUAGGAACAAUACUGUCAAUUCCAACAGAUCUGUACUGCGAGAAAGCUCUCGUAUUAGAUUCACAUAUUUCACUGACUACUCUUAUCCUUUUCACGUUCGAGCAACAUCCCCACGUGGCCAAAGAGCAAUACACUGUAUCCUGGUUAAAGUUUUAUAAGGAGUUUCAGAAUAAUCCUGUUGCAAAAUUUUCGUUAGGAGGUUAUAACAUGUCGAACAAACAGGAUUUCAUCGAUGGUCUUCGUAAUGUCUUCUUCAAACUUCACGCAGCCAAGUCACUGUCAAAUGAUGUCGUCUUCAAUAGCGAUGGAACCGACAUCUUAUAUAGUAGAUUCUUCGUUAUGGGAAAAAAUUUGAAUUCUUCACAAACAGAGAGAGAUACGUUGAAAGAAAUAUGGGAAAUUGCCGAAAAAUCUGAAAUUCCUGUAUUGGUACAUUGCAUAAAAUCCAGUGUAAUUAACCAAGUUGCUAUCAUUGUGGCCAUUUCAGUGCUUACUUCUAUAAUAGAAACUUUGGGUUACAUGUCAUUAUGGGGCGUUAAUGUGGAUAUUUUCUCUAUGAUGAACCUUAUUUUAUGUGUCGGAUUCAGCGUGAAUUAUCCUUGUCACAUGUCUCUUGCCUAUUUCACAUCAUCCAAGAAAAGUGCGAACGAGAAAAUGAGAGAUUCUAUGUAUCGUAUUGGGCUUUCUGUAAUUCAAGGUUCUGUGACCACUGGACUAGGAAUAUUGGUUUUGUAUUCUGAAGUAUAUUUUUUGUCGACAUUUGUGAAAGUUGUGGUGCUUGUUGCAAUAGAAACGGCUUUUCAUGCAUUGGUUUUUAUUCCUGUUGUACUUUCAACGAUUUUUAUAAUAUUCGAACAGAGACAAACUGUUUAA